AAUACGCAGGCCAUCAAGGUAGAUGCUGCGUACAUCGGUGGUCUGCUGAAGCUGAAAUUCAGUUGCGCGCUGAACGUCUCACAAUUCGCUCGAUUCCUGAAAAAUCUCCUGAAAAACACGCGAGUGCCGCAAAAUGACGACAAACUCAUAGUCUGAGGUUUUUGACACCAUGGCCGACUAUUCCUGGAACACAUCCUACGUGUUCGCAAACGACACAUCAAGUGGCUGGGGCGAGCGCUACUUCUUCACUUAUUUCACGGAAUUUGACGGCCGCCCUUUAAACUACGUCGCCAUUGAGGCCGCCAUUUUUCUCGCCAUCUUUAUCAUCUCCGUUAUCGCUAAUACGUCCAUCAUUAUCUGCGUUAUCAGAUUCCCUGAUAUGAGGACGGUGACGAAUUGCUUCGUCCUGAAUCUGGCGGCGGCGGAUUUGCUCUUCGCCGCCACCAUUCCCGCAGUCGCAUACACUCGAAUUGUGUCGUCGUGGAAACUGGGAGAUUUCGCCUGCAAAUUUAUCCCCUACAUGGAGUUUGUUUCCGGUAUUGUCCUGCUAUGGACCCUCGCCCUCAUCAGCAUCGACCGCCACCGCUGCAUCGUCGUCCCCCCCUACCGCUCGAAAAUCACCCCCUCCCAAGCCUCCAUCUCCUCCCUGGCCAUCUGGAUCUCCACCGCCAUCAUCUUCACCCCCGUCCCCUUAUGGUUCCGUGUGAUUCCCCUGGAAAACAACCUCAAAAUCUGCACUUUGGUCUUCCCCCAAUCCUCCAACAUCCAUUUCUCCGCCUGCUUCAUCAUGCCCGUCAUUUUUUUCGCCUGCCUCCUGCCCAUGGUCCUCCUGGUCUACCACUACCAGCGCAUCUUCCACAAGAUCAUCUCCACCAAGAACACAUGGGCCAGCUCCUGCGUCAUGGUCAGCGCCAUGGAGGUCAAGGACUGUCGUCAAGGCCGCCGCCAAUCAGAACUGAGCAUUUCUGACAUUUUCGUGCCAUGGCCACGUCGAUUCUCCACCCAGAUGGUCUCCCCCAACGGCCGCCAAGGCUCACUUAGCCAGCAUGAGGAACUCAGAUUGAACAAACACAUCAAAGUGGUCCGUGUACUUUUUUUGAACGUGGUGGUUGUCUUGGUGAUGUGGCUUCCGAUCACGUUGGUCAUGCUUUUGAUUUACAUUGAUGGGAGUCGGGCAAAUGACGAUCGCGGCUUUUUUCUGCGUUCGCAUCAUUUCAUAGCCGCCUUGAUUGUGGCGUUUUUGAACACUUUGGUCAAUCCAGUGGUCUAUGGAGUGUUGUCGGAUAAUUUUCGCGCGUGUUUGGUGCGCAUGUGGUGCCGAGUGAGUGAUGAGGAGAAAGAACAGACGUCUAGUGGGCGGGUGGUUAAUGCCACCAAAACCACAAGGAAGCAGAGUUUUAUCAAUUCGGUUAGUGAGAAUUGAACAGUAGACAGUAGGCUGUGAUGGGGAUUAUAUGGCUGUGUUUGGUAGGUUAGGAGGCGUUUUAUUCCUAUUUAACCGCAAAAAAGACAUUAUUGUGAAUUAGUCAAUUAGAAGAGUUCCAGAGGAUUAUGUCAAUAUUUAUGUAAUUCUCAAUUUGUAUUUAUUGAAAUGAUAAUAAAUAUUAUAAAAGAA